AUGGAUCAAGCAAAGCUCCAACGUCUUCAGAAUGCCGUGCGCAUCGGUAUGAACUCUCGAAUCGGCAAGGGUACUCCCAGAAGAAAGGUCAAGAAGGUCAACAGAUCCGGUGGUGGUGACGACAAGAAGCUCCAGGCCGCCCUCAAGAAGAUGAACGUCCAGCCCAUCCCUGCCAUUGAGGAGGUCAACAUGUUCAAGUCGGACGGCAACGUCAUCCACUUCGCCGCCCCCAAGGUUCACGCUGCCAUUCCCUCCAACACCUUCGCCAUCUACGGUAACGGCGAGGACAAGGAGCUUACUGAGCUCGUUCCCGGUAUCCUUAACCAGCUUGGUCCCGACUCGCUCGCUUCCCUCCGCAAGCUCGCCGAGAGCUACCAGAGCAUGCAGAAGGGUGUCGAGGGUGAGGACAAGAAGGAGGAUGAUGAUGACAUUCCCGAUCUCGUUGAGGGCGAGAACUUCGAGGGCAAGGCCGACGUCGAGUAA